CUUAAGUUUAAGUGAUAAGACUGAUGAACCAUUUCAUUAUGAUUCAAGUACGGCCAGAAGAUUAUAUCUCCCCCCUGGCAUGCCUGGAGGUGGGCCCAAACGGGACAAAAUUCACUGCGCCUAGCGGGAUAAUACAAAGCCUCCGAUGCCGUUACAAAGAUUCACCCGAAAUGAUUUACGUUGUUGACGACGAUGUUGAGGAUAUUUUUGGCCAUAUCCUUCAGUACCUUCACAGUGGAGACUACUCUGUCCUUGUUCCAGCAGCCCAUGAACCGAGUCAUAUUGCAUGUGAAGAUGUAAUCGACGCUGCAACGCGAGAUCUGCUUCCCUUGAAAGAAAAUUUCUUUACGAGUCAUAAAGAUGUCCAGGAGAAGCCUGAAAAUUCGAUAACUGUAUCUUUGCCGCGAUGUGGAGAUGGAGACUACCUGUGCAAACAUCCCCAGACACUCCUCAUACAUGCUCGUUUGUAUGUCUUCGCUACUAGACAUGGGUUGUAUCGACUUCAAAAUGUGAGUUUGCAGAAGCUUUACUGGGCUCUCUCAGAAAUUCCAUUGGAUUUAGAAGAACUGGACGCAAUCGUCGAGCUUUUACGGAUUUCCAAUGGAAUAGGUGCCAUCAAUGAGCUCAUGAUUCAUUAUGUGUCAUUGCACCUGAAAACUCUCAUACGUUGUUCUAGUUUUGUUUCGUUCUUGGAGGAAGAUCAUAAUCUCAGUUACCGCCUGUUUGCCCAUCUAUGUGAUUCCUUGUGA